AUGGGCAUUUACCAAGACUUGACAAUUGCGCAUGAUUGGGCGCUCCCAGUGCUUACAAUUUUUUCGCAUGAGGAUUACUCCAUUUACAUCGAAUUCCGGAAAUGGCACACUCUGUUCCUAACCAAAGUACAAGAAGGACUCCGUUGGGGGAAAAUUUCCCAGAACAGCGCGUUUGCCAAAAAGCGAGUGGGUAUCGCUUUGUUCGUGAUUUGCAAAUCACAGUCCGGAAAAAUGCUAGGAUGA